AUGUGUUUCGUUCUGGCUCAUGGCUUAUCUUCUGACGGAGGACUAGGAAUCGACCCACCAUUUGCUGGUGUCUACCGUGUCGCGAAGCAAGACGAAUCUAUCGAGUCGCUGAACGUCAGGAAAGGUGAACGCCUCUUCCUCCACAUCGCCAGUGCAAACAUGAACGAAGACGCGUUCCCUAGCCCCCACGUCCUAAAUGCGGCCCGCACACCACGUGAACGCUACCUCCAAAACGACGGGUGCUUCAAAGUCUUAGGUGACGAACUAGCAUCCACGAUACUGGCUGAAGUCCUCCGUGCGGUCGCAUCGCUCGAGAACGUGCGCCGAGGGCCUGGGCAGUCUGGCAAACUUACGCGGUUCUCGGAUUCGGCCAUUCCGGUACUGCAUUAUGCGUAUUUGAAUGAGAAGAUGCUGCAGAGCCCGUGGCCGACUUCUAUGAUUGUGAAUUAUGAUGGUGCCAAGUGA